UAGGUCGUUUGUGGAGCAGUUGCCUAUCCUUGCCUCGUUCUGAGUCAGGAGGGAGCAGUGGAGGCCAUGGCCAUGAGCACCCUCAGCCAGAAGCCGUGGUGGAUGGAGCCUGAGAAUUUUGAUGCUCCGAUGGUGGUUUACUUGGAAGAGGAGCAGGAGGAGCAGAUAUUUGGCCACAGUGACACCCACCUUCGCUGCAUCGAGGUGCACAGCCAGACCCUCAUUCAAUUGGAGUCAUGGUUCACGGCUACGGGUCAGACCCGCGUCACUGUUGUUGGACCACCUAGGGCUCGGCAAUGGCUGAUGGACAUGAUCUGGAGCCUGGGGAGCCCUGACUCGUGCAUUCGGGCCCGAGGCCGCGAGAUGCUGCGGCAAGUCCAGAGCCGACUGCUGACCGAGGACGACCUUGCCGUGCCCUGCGGAGUGCGGCCCGACACCGGCCGUGAGCCUCCGAACAUCGGGAUGAGUGUGACCACCUCCCUUGAGCUUCCUCUUGACCCCAAUCUGAAAUCUCGUGACUGUUUUCAGUUCCACUGGAGUUCCCUGUAUCCAUGA